AUCCGCUCUUACUUAUUCUUGCAAUGCACGGCACUCUGGGAAGGUUUUUGGUAUCACCGCUGCUUGCCGGCAGUGCCCUUCGACCGCUCUGUGGCAGUUCGGCUCAGAAGGGGUUCGCAUCGCAUCACUGCCGCCACCGGUGAAGGUUCAUGGAUACAAUGGAUCCAAAGGAGCCAGAGUUGCUUGGCAACCGAUUGGAGAUUGGAUCGGUGUGUCAUCAUGAUUUUGGGAACCAGUGGUAUUAGAAAAUAAUUAGAUGAUUGCAUCCAUUCGGACCAAGUGUGUACUUUAAGACAGUCGACGUGUAGCUCCCAGCAUUUGCUCAAGAGGGUGUCACGUUGGGCCGGGUCGCGACAUUCGGAUUAUAUUGUAUUGAAGAACUGCGCACCUAUUGUCACCUGACCAUGCAUCAAUGGCAACAUUAACAUGUCUGGAGAUUCUCUCUAAUAACACUGUGCAUCUAGCAAGACAAACUUCAGCCUUAAGAUGCCUUAAGGGUUUGUCACAAACAUACACCACGAGGGGGUUGAUGUGAAAUCUUCAACUCCUUUGUUCCGAUAAAUCCAUCAAGGAAAGAAGGUCUCAUUUAGCAGGGUCGAUUUGGUUAGAAGGAAAUUUGUGAAGAAACAGAGUGUUGGAGCCACGGUUCCUGGAGCCACGGUUCCUCCACGCCCAAGAUAGCUACUGUACUAACAAGUUGCUUCGCCCUCUGUACCUGCUGGACGGAUGGUUUUUGCAGAAUAACAGACCGAAGCUAUUCAACAUCGAAUGGCGUGAUGGGAGCAAGGCGAGGUUAGAGAUUAGAGAAGACGAAGGAGAUUGUACGAAGGCCAUUGAGUUGAUAGAGUUGAUCUUGCAUGGGUUCAACACAUGUCACAGACAUUUUCGCAUCGAAUGGCAUGAAUCGAGCCCGCAAAUGGUUCUCAAAGGCCCGCAUGGAGAAGCACCAUUGAUUUCCGCAGCCCAGAUUUGAUAUCUGCAGUAACACGCGUUCACAAGCUUCAGAUUCCUGUCCUUGAUGCGCUCAAACGCCUUGGCAAGGAACUCCACGGGAUAGCCAAAGACUUUCCAAUCAUCCCUCCAAUCAUUUCACCAUGCAUUUCCAGUCGAAGCACUUCCAGCUCUUUGUUGGCUACGGGAUGAUGUAGUACCAGGUUUGUCAGGUUUAGACCUGUCCUGCAGGAAAGUGCUAAACCAACUUGAGCAUACCUGCGCCAAAGCAAUCACAUCAACUUUGCGGCGUGCUUGUGACAUUUCGCGGGUUGCCAUAAAAGUGUUGCACGGGCGAAAGCUGCCCAAGAGUUGUUUGGGCAUUUGCGAAAGCUGGACUUGUGGCUUUUGCAGGAGAAGGGACUCCCACCUGAUGAAUCCGACGUGAAUGUAUGGUUAGAGGAGACCGCAGGGGCGAUGGAGUUGAUCAAGAAGAUCAGGCAUUGGGUGAAGAACUAUGACAAGAACAUUGGCACAACCGCAUUUUAUCGUGGGGGUUACGGUAUCGCCAUUCAAGGAAUUCGCUUCUACAGCCAUGAACUGACAUCUGCAGCACAAGCAGCAGUGCAAUCACACGGAUCACGAAAAGCAACAUUUGAAUUGUUCUCUGAUGAGCUUGAUGACCUUGACAAGAAGCUCCAAGGGCGGGUCGCCGCCUUCAAGUCGUUUCUGGAAUCAAUUCCCGGUGGGGCACUGUUUGCUCUUAGGUGGCUACUCAGACAUCGCAUAUUAUCCGACCCUUUUCGCCGUGGGGGAGUAGAUGAUCCCUGGGGAGAAGUAGGCACAUCAACUUUGCGGCGUGCUUGUGACAUUUCGCGGGUUGCCAUAAAAGUGUUGCACGGGCGAGCCUCGGGCCUUCAAGUGGAGUGCACAUGGCUUGAUUGGUUCUUUCCAGCUUGUUCCACAUCGUCAGAUGGGUUUGAUAAGCAUCUCCGACUCUUUCUUUCACUGGAACGACGUGCUGCAGAGGCCGUUGCCUCCAGGUUGGAGACGGAAACUUUGGAUCGCAAAGAUGUACAGGACCUUCUAGCCGAGGUGCGUUCGCUGAAAGAGUCCUUGGUUGCCGGAAGACAUGCUGAGGGGCUGGAGAGAUGUCAGAAAGAUGCUGCGGUGGAAAUUGCGCAUGUCAAAGAGCAGGCCAGGGAAGAGGUCCAAAAGGCCCUGAAGCAAGCGGCAGAGGAGAUGGAGGCAGUCAAGAAGCAGGCCAUAGAGGAGGUUCAGAUGGCCCGAAGGCAGGCAGCAGAAGAGCUCGCCACAGCUCAGAAGCAUGCUUCCGAAGAAUCAGAGAAAGCAAAGCUGCAAGCAGCCGAAGAGGUCAAACAAGCUCAAAGACAGGCGCGAGAAGACGUGGAGAAAGCUCGAAGACAGUUGAUCCAAGCAGCUGAAGGCAUCCGUCCGGCAUCACGAGGUGGCUUGAGUCCUAUGGAGCUGAUGGAGCUGGAGGGCGAGGAGUCGGUGGAGAGGGAGCAGCUACAGGAGCCACCAGGUGGACCAGAGCCGACUGAGCUGGAAGAGCCUACGGAAGAGACGGAGAAUGAGCUCAAGGAGGCCGAGGAUGAAGCCAGCGAUGAUGGCUCCGACGAAUCCUGGGAAAAAGUGAAGAAUCUGGCGGACUGCUUUGCCCUGGACACGAUCUUCAAGACUCCGGACGGUGGCUUCGUGAGCGGACAGCAUGUGCGCACGGGCACUCGAAUCCGUGCCACUGAUGGCUCUAUCUUGCAGGUGUCACGUUGCUCGAAGCCCUACGAUGCUGUGGGGACUAUCCUGUUUGCUAGCGAUGCAACCCUCAGGGUAACCCCUGACCAUCGUGUGGCAUUGGCCACUGGUGAUCCCGUUCCGGCAUACAAGCUGAACGUCGGUGACAUGAUCCUUGUCAAUGGCGAACCGGCAAGGCUGAACCGGGUAGAACCAGAUCCAACUCCAGAUCCAUGUGUGACGAUUACCUUUGACCACGACCUGCCGGUGGACGCCUUCCAUCCACCUCCGGCCAUCGCCAGCCAUGGCCACAAGCGGCAGCAGACCCGGCGGGGUGGGAUGAACCGCCGUGCGCAGGCCUCAGACGCCGCGAGCGUCCUGACUCGAAAUGAAUAUAUGGAUUGACCGGACCAAUCCUCAUCGGGAUGUUCGUGACCGGUAUUGAAGCUGGUUAGGUUCUUGCGACAUCGUGCGUGCACUCCUCGCCCACUUUUUCAACUUGAUUACAAAUCAGUGACCUUUGCUCAAGUCUUUUGGGGUAUUUCUGACAGAUGCGAUCAUUCUUUUGGCCCGACAUACUUGGCAUCCAGGAGCGGGAGAGCUGUGUGGCGUGCACAGUAUGACCGAAGAGUCGACUAGUGCCCGAGCAUGAUGUUGUGCAAUUUUGGCGGCUGGCGCGUUUUGCACGCAAACUCAGCAAACAUGCUUUUCUACAGCAGGGCUGGUUGCAG